AUAAUUUUUACCCUUAAAGUUGUUGGUAAAGCAAAUUCGGCCCUUCAUUUGCGUCUCCCUAACACAAACCCUAGAGAGAGUAUGGCGGACGAAGCGGAAGACGCCAUACUGACAUAUCUGAAAAACAACGAUGAGAUUUCCAAUUCUGCAAACUUUGCAGAAAAUUUUGGUUUUAGCCAUGACGAGAUCGUCAAUGUCAUUCGCAGACUCCAUGGCUUUAGAUUUGUCGAUGCUCAGGAUAUUAGGAGAGAGAGAUGGGUGCUUACUGAAGAGGGGAAAACUUAUGCUGCCGUAGGUUCUCCAGAAUUUCAGCUUUUCUCAGCAGUACCACCGGAGGGGAUUGCGCGGGAGGAGUUGCAGAAAAAAUUGGAUCCUGCAGUUUAUAAAAUUGGUUGCCAGCAAGCUAUAAAGAACAAGUGGGUUGAGAUGGAGAAGACACAUGUUUCAAGGAAGGUCCAACAUGCUGAUGACAAAGUUAAAGAUUUGCUGUUGCGGAUACAAAAUGACGAGGCUUUGCAGACUGUCAAUCAGGAGGAUAUUGAUGCUCUAAAGCGAAGAAAACUAAUAAUUCAACAGGUUUGGAAAGGAAAUUCCGUAAGAAAAGGUCCUGAAUAUGCCCCAAAAAGGAAAAGAGCAGCUACUGAUCUCACUCGGGAAAAUUUACAGAGGGGUGACUGGAAAGAAUUGGAAUUUAAAGAGUACAACUUCAGUGCUAAAGGUCAGCCAGUUGAAGGUGGCCAUCUUCAUCCAUUGCUCAAGGUUAGGCGGCAGGUACAAACAAUUUUUCUUAAUAUGGGGUUUGAGGAGAUGCCAACAAAUAAUUAUGUCGAAAGCAGUUUUUGGAACUUCGAUGCACUUUUCCAGCCCCAACAGCACCCUGCCCGUGAUUCGCAUGAUACAUUCUUUUUGAAAGUGCCUUCCUCGACAAAAAUACUGCCAGAAGAUUAUGUUGAGCGGGUAAAAAAAAUUCAUGAAUUUGGUGGUUACCAAUCUAGGGGAUAUGGGUAUGAUUGGAAAAGAGAGGAAGCGAACAAGAAUCUUUUGCGGACACACACUACUGCUGUUUCGUCAAGAAUGUUGUAUGCAUUAGCUCAGAAGCCAUUCGCCCCCAAGAAAUACUAUUCUAUUGAUCGUGUUUUCAGAAAUGAGGCAGUUGAUCGAACACAUCUUGCUGAAUUUCAUCAGAUAGAAGGCUUAAUAUGCGAUCGUGGACUUACUCUUGGUGACUUGAUUGGUGUCCUUCAUGACUUCUUUUCUCGUCUAGGAAUGUCCAAGCUUCGGUUCAAACCUGCUUAUAAUCCUUAUACUGAGCCCAGCAUGGAAAUUUUCAGCUACCAUGAAGGCUUUAAGAAAUGGGUGGAAGUUGGAAAUUCUGGUAUGUUUAGGCCUGAAAUGCUGCUUCCUAUGGGUCUGCCAGAAGAUGUUCGGGUUAUUGCCUGGGGUCUUUCCCUUGAGAGGCCCACCAUGAUUCUCUACGGAAUUGACAACAUCAGAGAUCUUUUUGGUCCCAAGGUGGAUCUAGGUCUCAUUAAAAGAAAUCCAAUAUGCCGGCUUGGACUUUAGUAAUACAGCUUUCUUGACUUGUGGAUCCAUUCUAUCACAUGUGUCAGACACUGUUGAUGGUUGAGAAGAGAUUUUUCUGCUGGGCAAUCAAGUUGAGAUCAUUUCUUUACGCAAUGGGAAAUCUCAUUUGAUCGUAGAUGUUUUUAUUGAUACAAAUGUGAAGAUUAAACAUCAGAUGGGUGGGAGCUGUAUUCAAAUUUUGAUGUUAUUAUAACUGGAUUUGUGCUCAUUUAGUCCCUUCACAAUAAUUAUUUUGGAUAUCUAAUGAAGGUUUAUAUGUGGAGUUGUUCAUCCUA